CAUUUGGCCUUCCUGACACUUGCCUUGAAUAUUCUGCUAACUGCUUCUGCAGGUCAGGCAUGAAAUCAGUUUCCUGAAACUGAGUCCAGAAGGAAAAGGCCCAAGUUCAGUGCUGUGAACCUCUCUGGCUGCCUUCCAAGCAGGGAGGCUAGAAUGAGCUUUGCCCUGGAGUGACACUCCUUGUCACUGAUUAACCAGCUCCAUAGGAAGGUUGCUCUGACAACCUUCUGCUCUGUCGGGAGAGAGAGAUCCGGUCAAGCUUUGGUGAGCAGAAAAAUGUCCACUCGCUACCAUCAAGCUGCUAGUGAUAGUUACCUGGAACUUCUGAAAGAGGCUACCACACGAGACCUGAAUCUUUCCGAUGAAGAUGGAAUGACGCCCACUCUGCUAGCAGCCUACCAUGGCAACCUGCAAGCCCUGGAAAUAAUCUGCAGUAGGGGAGGGGACCCCAACAGAUGUGACAUCUGGGGAAAUACUCCUCUACAUUAUGCUGCCUCCAAUGGCCAUGCCCACUGUGUCUCAUUCCUGAUCAAUUUUGGUGCCAACAUCUUUGCCCUGGAUAAUGACUUAAAGACUCCCCUGGAUGCUGCUGCCAGCAGGGAGCAGAGCGAAUGUGUUGCCCUCUUGGAUAAGGCUGCCACUACCCAGAAUGCUAUAAACCCCAAGAAGGUCACCAGGUUGAAGGAGCAGGCUCAGAAGAAUGCCAGGAGGCAAAUCAAAGACUGUGAAAAGCUCCAGGAGAAGCAUCAAAAUAAGAUGGCCCAAGCCUACAGUAAGGAGGAAUCUAGGACUCUUCCUUCUGUCAAGGGCACCUUCUCCAGAUCAUCCUUCUCAAGUGCUUCUGCUUCUAGCACAUUUGGAUCACUCUCUAAGGGCAUUAAAGAUACCUUCAAGAUGAAGUUCAAGAAAAACAAAGAUACAGCAGAACAGAUGAGCAAUGAAGGCAGAAGUGGGCAGAGGAAUGUGAUGGAAGUGUUCAGAGAGGAGGAAGAAGAGUCAUUACCAGGAGGCUUCAAAGAGAAGCUCACAUUCUCAGCAGAGGAGGACAGCAGUGUACAACAUGAAUCCAUUCUCAGCCGUCCAGGUCUUGGAAACAUUGUUUUUAGGCGGAACCGAGGGUUAGGCUCUGAAGAUCUCUCAGACAGCAAGAGAGAGCUGGAGUUUAAAAUGCCCAGUGAACUGCUCCAGAGACAAGGAAGGGCAGAGGCUGAUGAAGCUGAGGCUGAAGAGGCAGAGGAAAAUGGCCCUGUAGGUGAUUUGCCUUGGGAUGAGGAUGAAGUGGAGUGGGAGGAAGAUGUGGUGGAUGCAACUCCCCUGGAAGUGUUUUUGCAGUGCCUGCACCUGGAAGAAUUCCUUCCUAUUUUCACAAGAGAGCAGAUUGAUCUGGAAGCUCUGCUGCUUUGUUCCGAUGAGGACCUUCAGAACAUCCAGAUACAGCUGGGUCCCAGGAAGAAAGUUCUUAAUGCCAUAAAUAGAAGGAAGCAGGUGUUGCACCUGCCUGGGAAGCUGGUAGACACCAGCCUCUGAAGGACAUUACUGGGUCAACAGGAUGAGCCUGCAGCAGCAGGAGAUGCUCUGGCUCAUGGAAAGCACUCCAGGCCACACUCUUUACUUACCCAAUGCCAUACCCCUGGGAGCCCAUUCUAGGGUAUUCCCAUCUAAGAAAGAAGCCCAGAUUCGACUCUUAGAAAUACCUAGGCCUAUCCAAAUUAACCAUCAAUGAGAAACUCAAGGGUAACCUGGAAUAAGAGCUGGGCUUUUCUUUUCAAUUAUCGUUUUGGUAUUUUUGAAUAAAGAGUUGCAUGUAUGAUAGAAAAGGGGAAGGAAUUUUCAUUACUCUUCUAACUUUUGGAUAUAAAAUGACCAUUUAUCAUUACACUAUCCUACUUGUUGAUACAGGCAGCCUGGGGAUUCUAAGCCUGGUUCUGUCCUUAACUCUAUAACUUUGCUUGUCAUUGGACAUCAAAGUUCUUCACUGCCUGAGGCUUGACAAUUAGCUUAUAUGCACCUAACCCUUAAACAGAGAGGCAAGAAACAAAGAAUAGUGUUCCAUUGGUAGACUGAAUUAUGUCCCUCUUAAAACUCAUUAUGUUGGGGCUCUGACACCCACACUGUUUUUGGAGAUAGGUCUUAAAAAUUAAGUGGUAUGAUAAGGUCAGCAUCCUCCCAUAUGACUGAUCUCCUAUAUGACUGAUAAGAAAAGGACACUAUACCAAAGAUGUGAUCAUACAGGGAGAAAAGAUCAUAUAAGGAUACAGCAAAAGAGUGCUGUCUGCAACCCACCGAAAGAGAUCUCAGGAGAAACCAAACCUGCCAACAUCUUGAUUUUGGACUUUCAGCUGCCAGAAGUGAAAAAAUAAAUUUCUGUUGUGUAAUUCA